AUGCAAUAUCAAAUUCAGUUGGCUAUAAUGAACCGGCUGGUGUUCCCUCUUCUACUGGUGGCUCUACCACGGAUUAUUUUUGGUGAUCCCGAGCCCCAGAGCCGCAUCAUUGGAGGCUACUAUGUGGACAUUGAAGAUGCCCCCUACCAGGCGGAAGUGCUUAUAGAUGGCACUGCCAUUUGCAGUGGUGCCAUUAUCAAACCAAGGUUCAUCCUAACGGCAGCUUCGUGUGUUUCGGAAUACAGUUCGGUUCAAGUGCGAGUGGACACCAAUUCGAGGGAUUACGAUGAUACUGGAACUUUGGUUCCCGUCUGCGAUAUAAUCACUCAUCCGGGAUACAACUACUGGCGAUUCGACAACAAUUUGGCGCUGCUUGAGCUGUGUGCUCCGUUGAACUUCUCUGAAACUGUGGAGCCCAUCAGUUUGGCUGAGGAAUUACCGGAGGAUUAUUCCUGGUGUGUGGUUGCCGGCUGGGGAUCCACCAGUUGGUGGGGCAGCUGGUGGGACAGGUGCCUCGGCAGUCUGCCGGACUAUCUGCAGAUGGUCUGGGUUAGCGUCUACAAUCGGGAGCAGUGCGCCGCGGAUCGGGGUGUUUGGCUUGGACUCUGGGAUAAUGGCAUCUCUGCUCUGACCCUCUGCACCCAGUACGGUGCUGGAGGUUGCUCCUACGACACAGGGGCUCCCUUGGUCAGGAAUGGACUUCUCGUGGGCAUUCUGUCCGAAGGCGGUUGCUCCACAAAACCAGAUGUCUACGCCAGUGUGAUUUGGUUCCAAAAUUGGAUAGACGAUAAUACGGAAGAUGAUGAUACCACGACUUCGUCGAGUAGUGUUGCAACUCGUUCUAGUGCUGGUACUACUUCCAGUUCUAGUUCUAGUUCAACACCUACUCCCAGUUCUAGUGCUAAAACUACUUCUAGUACUACAACCACUUCAAGUUCUAGUACUGAAACGACUUCAUCUAGCUCUAGUACAACUCUUACUUCCAGUUCUAAUACUGAAACUACUUCUAGUUCUAGUUCCAGUACUGAAACGCCUUCUUCUAUUUCUAGAACAACACCGACUUCUAGUUCCAGUACUGAAACUACUUCAAGUUCUACUUCUAUAUCAACACCUAGUUCUAGUACUGAAACUACUUCAAGUUCUACUUCUAUAUCAACACCUAGUUCUAGUAUUAAAACUACUUCAAGUUCUACUUCUAUAUCAACACCUAGUUAUGGUCAUAACCUACCUUAAGUUCUACUUCUAUAUCAACACCUAGUUCUAGUACUGAAACUACUUCAAAACCUAGUUCUAGUACGGAAUCUACUUCAAUGUUUACUAUUGAGAGAGACCCACCAACAAGGUUUUACCUAUAAGUUGUUUUAAUUUUUUCUUAUUUAAAAUUUUUACAUAAACUUGUAAAAUAGUUUCAGAAUCACCAGUCUUUGCAGCAAGACCGAUUCAAUUAAUAAAUAAAUAAGCUACAAGUUACUAAUUGACACCCUUAAUAAAAAAGAAAAUGUGACACCCGCUUUCAUAGCCAAGCUUA